AUGAGUGUCCAAGAAGAUGUGAUGAAAAUACAAAAGAAGUUAACUAAAAUGACAUCAGAUGACGGCACGGGCCAAGAGGAAGCACUUGAGCUACUAAAAUCUUUGCAAACAAUGGCUAUUAAUUUGGACGUGUUGACUAAAACAAGAAUUGGAAUGACAGUAAACGCUUUACGAAAAUCUAGCAAGGACGAAGAAGUGAUAUCUUUAUGCAAAACACUUAUUAAAAACUGGAAAAAGUUUUUGUCAACACCAGGCACACCGGCUAAAGAUUCUGGGAGUUCGUCUAACUCAAAAUCAAAAAAAGACUCAAGUAAGGAUAAGGAUAAGAAAGAUGAUAAAGAAAAAGACAAAAAGUUACCUGCAUCUUUCCCGCCCCAGUCAAACACAACAGAUGCAGUCAGAUUAAAAUGCCGAGAACUUCUUACACAGGCACUUAAAACUGAUGGAAACACUUCUAACUCAUGUGCAUCACCAGAAGAGCUUGCCGAGGAACUCGAAGAAUGCAUUUACGCUGAAUUUAAAAACACGGACAUGAGGUAUAAAAACAGGGUGAGAUCAAGAGUUGCUAAUCUAAAGGAUCCCAAGAACCCUACAUUAAGAACAAACUACCUGAACGGUGUAAUUGCAGCUGCUCGUCUUGCUAAGAUGACACCUGAAGAAAUGGCCAGUGAUGAAAUGAAGAAACUUCGUGAGAAGUUCAUUAAAGAAGCCAUUGACGAUGCUCAGUUGGCUACAGUACAAGGAACCAAGACAGAAAUGUUGAAAUGUGGAAAGUGCAAAAAGAAGAAUUGUACGUACAACCAGCUCCAGACAAGAAGUUCCGAUGAGCCUAUGACUACAUUUGUCCUAUGCAAUGAAUGUGGGAACCGCUGGAAAUUCUGUUAA